AUGCCUGUCACCGUGGCAGCACACGCGCGCGCCAAGGACGCUGAUGCCUUUGAUGUUGGUUCCUCGGAUGGUGUCUAUAUCUCAGGGGCAAAUGUCAAGAAUCAAGAUGAUUGCCUCGCCAUCAACUUAGGCACGAAUAUUACAUUCACAGGAGGCACUUGCAGUGGUGGUCAUGGGUUGUCCAUUGGUUCCGUUGGGGGUCGCAGCGAUAAUACCGUCAAAACUGUUCACAUCUUGAACUCUCAGGUUACCGAUUCUGAUAAUAGCAUCAGGAUCAAGACGGUUUAUGGUGCCACAGGCUCGGUUUCUGAUGUCCAAUACGAUAGUAUCACUCUCGCAAAUAUCGUAAAGUAUGGUAUUGUGAUUGAGCAGGAUUACGAGAACGGAUCACCCACUGGUACCCCCACCGACGGUGUUCCGAUCACUGGCCUCACAGUCAGCAAGGUCACUGGUUCUGUUGAUUCAGGUGCCACGAACAUCUACAUUCUGUGUGCCGCUUGCUCGGGCUGGACAUGGACUAACAACGAUGUUACUGGAGGUGAAACGUCUUCCAAGUGCACUGAUCUGCCUUCUGGGGUCUCUUGUUAG